AUGUCGACACCGAAACCGAUACUGAACGCGGAAAAUCUCGCCCUAACCAACAAGCGUAUCGGCGAGCUGAAGAAAAAGGUAAUGCUGGCCGAGGGCCAAAAGAAAGCGUACACCGAGGAAUGGAACGACAAGAAAAAGGCCCAGAACGAUCGGAUGGCCGAGCUGCGGAAGGAGGUGCGUGACCUAACGAACAAGCUGUCCUACCUGCACAAUCCGACCAGCGCCAAGGCGCAGAAGAAUGUGCAGGAGAUCAAGCGCCGGGUCCCGUUGCCGCCCGGUGCGAAAUCGGUCGCACACGCGCUGCGUAUCGUCGACCUGAAGGUGAUCGAUCUGAACAAGCAGACGGACGUCACCGAGGACCGGGUGCGAAAGCGCGAGCGUCACUUCAAGCAGUUGGUCGAACAGUACCAGGCGUUGGUGGGCUACCGGGACGCGAAAAGUGAUGGUUCGAAUCCGCCAGAAACGAUCGAGGAGGACGCGAACCGGAAGUUGAUCACGCGGCUGGAGAAUGAAAUCCACCGCACGACGGUACAGUGGAUGGAGGCGGAGCACAUCCGGAAGAAGUAUCGGGGCAUCAAAUCGUCGCUGAUGCGCGAUGCGGAAAAGUUCGAAAGCUCGCUGCUGGAGCUGGAGCAGGCAAUCACGGAGCAGCAGGCCGAGAUCAACAAGCUGGAGGAGGUGCACAAGGAGGCGGUCCAGAUGCGGGACAGUACGAAGACGAUCCUCCAGCGGCAGGAGCAGACGACGCACUACUCGAACAAGGCGCGGGAAAAGCAGGCGCAAGAUUUCCGGCGCCAGGUCGAGGAACGGAAGCUCGAGCUGGAGCGAUUGGAGCGGAAGAUUUUCUCCUCGGGAAAGACGCUCAUCCAUCAGGAAAGCAUACUGUCCGGGUCGGGUGAGCACGGUCGCGGCGGGGAAGGUGGUGACGAUGGUAGCAGCCUGCACGAUAAGGACGGUGCGUCCGAGAUGGAGCAGAAGUUUAAGAAGCUGAUGCAGGCGACCGGUGUCAGUGCGGCUAGCGAGGUCGUCGACCGUUUCCUGGCGCAACGGGAAGCAUCCGCCCGGCUCACCUACCUCCGCACCGUAACCGAGAACGAGAAGAAGCAGCUGGAGGCGCAGCGCGAACUGAUGAAGGCGCAGCUAGACGCGUUCAAGUUCGCCGACGUCAAGGAUAGCGAUGUCAAUCAGGAAGAGCUGGAAAAGAUAAAAAAUUCCAUCGAGGAACAGAAGCAACGGCGCGAAGAGUGCGACAAGGCGAUCGAGUACACGCGCAACGUGUUCGACACGAUCAAGGAUGCGCUGAUCGAGCUGCUGCUUAAGUUGCGCGAAAUCGAGGAAAGUCUCGAUACGGCCUCACCGUACGGUCGCCGUACACCGCUCAAGCCGGCCGAACUGAAGGACAUCUCGUCCGGCAAGUUGGCGGUCGAGGAGCUCGGCAACCUGCUGGAGGAGCGCAUCAAGCUCGGGCUCAUCGCCAGCGGCCAGCUGGCAGCUGACGUCGACAGUGGUCUGUCGGAGGACGAAGGGGAGGCGGGACAGGCAACGGUACCCGGUAUUCCGUCGCCCGCCACCCCACCGACGCCUACCGUGCAGCAGCUCUCACCGAGCCCGGGUGGGCCCGCUUCUGCAGCGGGCAGUAGCGUGCUGUCCACCUCCUCGCCCGCUGAAGAUCGGGAAAAGCCUCCCGCCUAUCCGCCGGUCUAUAUGAAUCUGAUCGCUGGCCGAACCACCACACAGAUUUCGUCCACCUCACCCGGUCAAGGUACCACCGUCGUACUGUCUGACGAUGAGGGCGACGUGCCGUCGCGGAGCUACCUAAAGCGGCAGGCCAAUAUGAUUAUAGAGGCAAAGUCACGGCGCAAAGGUUUCCGGAUGCCGGUGCCGAAAAGGCGCUAA